GGAUCAAAUCUAUACCGGGUGGAAGGGAGUUUUGACACCUGCUUCCCAGACUCCCUCACCUUAGAAGAGGGCGAUCUAGUGCAGUUUAUUCAGGAAGGAGAGAAUGGACAAUGGUUAGUGAAGAAGCUAGUUUCGGAAAAAACAGACUGGAUACCUUCCAGUCUGUUACAACCAGCAGAAAGUGAAGCCAACAACAGUUGUAGAAUCAGCAAUUCAGAUGUCUACAGCGAUACCCACAGCUCUGCAUCCACAAACUCAGAAAUGAAGGUGGAGCUGAACAGAAGCUUAACAGCUGGACAGAAAGCUGGAAGCUGAGCAGACCAGGAAACAUCACCUCAGGGCUCAAUCUUCUUUGUUUACCUGCAGAAGCUGGACCAAAUUGCCUUUUACACCCCCCUCCCCCCAAGCUCCGGAUUUCACAAUUCAAUAUUUUGUCAACGUGAAACACAUUAAAAAAAGAAGAAGAAGCUAGUAAAUUUCAAAAUCGGUUAAACUUUAAAGGUGUCCCAGUUACCUUAUCAUAUGCUUUUUUUUGCACUGCAUUUUUGAACGUCGAAAUUAGCCUAAAUUAGAUGGACGAUGCCCCCCUCAGCUUCGGGGCGGAGUGUUGGAUUCUUGAAACUCUCAGAUCACCAGAUCCUCAAGGUGAUCUUCUCUUGGGCGGAAUGAAAGGUGUUCCUUUCCUAUUUGGAUCAGCUGAUCAGCCACUCGUUUUCUGUGGCUCAAUCUACUUCUUACAUGCUGUUAUCUCAAGACAAUCAAAAAACAGAGGAGCCCCCCCCCCAAAAAAAAAAAAGUCGAAGCUGAGUGACGACGAAGAAAGUGCAAUUCCUGAACCUGAGCCAGCGGUCACACCUUUUGCACGACAGCGAAAGGUGUAACUUGCUUUGGGUUAUGUGUAAUCUUUUGUCUCUACAGGGUGUUUUGGAUGCUAACUGGAAGCAAAUACGUAGCGUGAAAACGAAAAAAAAGGAGGGGGGAUGAGGAAAGGGCUUUCAUGAAGGCAAUUCUGGGAUGUGGCAUCGACAAGCCAGCUUUGUUCCCCUCCGGAGGUUUCGCAUCCAGUUCUGUCUAAUGCUGCAAUUCAGUGUUUUACACUUGCGUGGAAUGCGUUUGGGCAUUGUCCUAUGCUGGGCUCUGGAUUAGAAUACAGAGUUUCUUCCCCAUCCCACCCCAAUAUUUAAUGAAUCCCCUUAUAAUGUCUCUCUCCUCCAUCCCCCCCCCCAAAAAAAUGAGGUACUUGCAAAGAGAAUAUUUGCCAAGGAGAAUGUGUUGUCGCUUGAAAGUUUCUUGCCAUGUCAUAUUUCAGGGGCUGUGAAGCUCUUCAUCCCUCUGAACAAUAUCAUGAGUUUGCCAUAGGUAUAAAAUGAAGUUAGCCUGGUUCAAUUUAAAAGCUUCAGAAACUCUCAUCCUGUUUAAACAAUACAGAACAACAGAGUUAGGAGGUCUUUUAGUCCAAUCCCCUGCUCAAGCAGU